AUGGAUCGCUUUUUCGACUCUCUGGCCGACCAAUUAGGCGAUACGGUCAGCACAGACCACAUCAAGUUGAUCACCUGCAUCGUUGCAACAUACCCACUGGCACUAAUCUAUCGCAAGCUACCAGCCAAAAGCCCAACAACUAGACACCUGUUUUCCAUUGGAUACGCAUUGUUUACAAUAGUAUCCGUUCUCAAGCUUUAUAUUAGAGCCGUACAUAUUGGCCUGACGGCUAUCUUUACAUGGACAUUUAUGAAGUAUUUUCGCGGCAAGAAUGGUCCAUACGUAAAUUUUGCAGUAGCAAUGCUAAGCAUGGCAAUUUGCCAUAUUGACCGACAGCUCAAAGGAAAUGAGGGCGACAGCAAGUUGGAUUACUCGGGCCCAUUGAUGAUCACCGAAAGCGACAACAGAAACUCGGCAACAAUUCGAGAAGCUGAGUAUAACAAACGGAUGAAAAUUGAUCGUUAUCCUACCUUGUUCGAGUAUUUUGGAUGGCUCUGCUUCUUUGGAGGGUUCUUUGUCGGUCCUACAUGCGAGUACAUGGAGUACUAUAGAUACACCAACUACUUUUUAGUAUCAAGCGACAAGCAGCCGUCGCCAUGCAAGCCUGCACUCCGCCAGAUCAUGCUUGGCAUACUAUUUGGUGGAAUCACGGCUUUCAUAGGAUCAGCAUACAACUGCUUUCGCUUUCUGGAUGACGAUUAUUUGGCUUUGCCAUUCUGCAAAAAGUUGUUAUCCUAUUACAUAACCGGUUUUGUAUGGCGAUUAAAAUUUUACUGUGUCUGGCUUCUGGCUGAAGGCAGCUGCAUUCUCUCACAGUUUGGAUAUAACGGUGUGGACAAGGAAGGAAACCAUCGAUGGGACCGGAUGACAAACGUCGAUUGGGUUGCGGUCGAAACUUCUCAAUCUAUGCAACAUGCGUCUACUCGAUGGAAUCGAAGCACGACCAGCUGGCUGAGACAUUAUGUCUACAACAGACUGUGUCCCCCGGAUACGAGCAAGCCGACAUCCUUAGCUUUGAUCGCCACAUAUGUUGUGUCUGGGCUAUGGCACGGGUUUCAUCCAGGCUAUUAUGGUCUUUUGUGCAGCACUGGGUUGAUUCAAAUCUUGGGACGGCGUAUCCGACGAGCAGUGCGACCACUAGUCAUGUCGGCAAAAGACCCACUGAAAAAGUCUCCUUUGACUGUCUAUAAGACGAUAUACAAUAUAGCGGGAAAUGUUGUCACCAUGAUGCUCGGCGCGAUAUUGAUAGCCUCGUUCGAGUUGCUGCAUCUAUCACGCGUCGGCAUUGCAUGGGGUAGCAUUUAUUACAUUCACAUAUGGGGGUAUCUAUUCACCUGGGCCGCUUUGCUUGCGAUGGAGCCGAUGUUGUUCAAAGUCCAAAAGCGACGCACGAAACAAGAAGCAGCAUUGGUGAAUAUCAAAAACAAGGAAUCGCGUGUUUACAUAUUAAGGAACCAAAUGGUGGUAGUGCAGCAAUGCCAAGUAGCAUAG